AUGCCGUGGCCGCGGGCGGAGCUGUCUGGGCGGCUCCGGUACCGGGGCGGCUCCCGCGGGCCCCGCUUCAGCCUCCUGCACCUGAAACUCACCGACCCGGCGCUGCGGGCGCUGCGGGAUUGUCAGCGGCUGCAGGGCUCAGCCCAGCCUAUCAUCGCCUUCCAAGGGAGCCAGGGGUACAUCAAGAUCCCCUGUGGCCUGGGCAGCGUUGAGGACGGAGCUCGCCUCUUCACCUUCUACCUGUCCCGCUACAGCAAGGACAAGCCGCAGGCCAGCUUCGACUGCAUCCGGCAGUACGUCUCCAGGUUGGGUGAGAACCAGCUGGACUGUGUGGGCAGUAUCCAGGAGAAAAUCACCGUCUGUGCCACCGAUGACUCGUACCAGCUGACGCGGGAGCGUGUGUCCCAGGCAGAGAAGGAGGUGUGGAGCAGAGCUGCUAUCGAGAUCAAGCCAGCAGCCUCAGGCCAUGGUAAAUGUGUCACCAUCCCAAAGAAGCUGGGCAUGAGCCCCUCAUUGGGGAAGUGCCCCACUCCAGGGGGCAGGAAAGGUAGCCCCAUGGGGCCAGAUCACAGGGUUCUUGUGAAAUGCCUAGUGCAGCUUCUGGCUCUGCGGCCCCACUGCGAACAUGAGCUCCUGGAGCGGCUGGACAAGGUGCAGAUCUGCCCAAGGGACAGGGCCCAGCUGCUGCCCGUGCUGGAGGAGGUGGGGCAGCUCAGUCCCCGGGAGAGCAGCUACCGUCUGAAGAAGGAGCUCUUCGGGCAGGUGCAGGAGGAUUGGCUGGGCUACACGGCCGAGGAGCAGCAACAAGUCAGGCAGCUCCUGCGCAGGAAACAGGACCACGGAGCUGUGGCCAGGCCCUUCUUGGUGCCUCUGGAGUGCCCGUCUUGCCAAGGGGCCAGCAGAAGGCCCUUGGGCGUAAAGCGACUGGCACUGCUGGAUGCCUUGGACCCACAAGGGCUGAAGAAACCAUGUGCCCAAGGGCACCCCCGCAGCUCUCUGGGGUCCCACCACAGUCUGCAGGAGCCUGGCCUGGAGCAUCAGAGAGCCCACAGCCAGCAGCAGCCAUGCCAGCUUCCCAGGCCCAGCGCGGAGCUGCUGAGCUCAGAGGAGGAGCUGAGCGACGGGGAGGGAGGUGAUGACUGGGAAGAGGGAGCUCUGCGCCUGGAGCAGCACCUUUCUGCCCUGCAAGACAGCAGCUCCCGGGUAAGCCCCCCGGCCUCCUUCGCUGAGCUCCCAGAUUACUGCCGGAAAUACAGAGCCAUCUGUUCAGUGGAGCAGCAUCACGCCUAUAUGGAGGCGUUCAGUGCGGAUUACGCAGAGUACCGGCGCCUCCACACCAGGAUCGGGACUGUGAGCAGGACAUUCAUGCAGCUGGGAGCCAAAAUCAAAACGCUGCCGCGCGGGACGCAGGAGCACAAGGCAGUAGAAGACAGAAUCUUACAGGAAUACCGGAGGUUUAAGCAGACCUACCCCAGCUACAGGAAGGAGAAGGACCGCUGCGAGUAUCUUCACCAAAAGCUGUCCCACAUCAAGGGCCUCAUCCUAGAGUUUGAGAAGACAGGGGCUGCCUAGAGGAGCCUCCGGUGCUCUGAGCCUGCAGCCUUCCCGCUGCAGGGAGCCGGGCCCUGCCUGUUCUCCUUUCCCUUCAGGGCGGGGAAGGUUAGCGAACUGUCCUGUAGUAGUACAGUAGUUGCAGUGCCCCAGCCGGGUGUCGGGGAGGGUUGCAGGACAGGGCAUGUGGCUGCCACAAAGCACAGAGUGGGUGAUGGUCUUAGUGAAUUGUUCCCGGUGAGCUGCUGUCUUACCUGUCCCAGCUCCCAAGGGCAUCCAGGGCUAGUGGUGCAGCUCCAGGUCAGGAUGAGUGCCUGUGAACUGUUCAGGGGGCCAGCCUGUACCCCAGAGCUCUGCUCAUUCAGGGCAGGAUCCCUAGCUUAAGGCUUGUCACAGCCAGCGUGGCUCAGCCUAACUCGUGAUAGGUGCAGCCUACGCUGCCUGCUGGAGAAGGCGGCUUUUGCCAUCAAGUGGGACCUGCCACCUUCCUUCACUGGCUCCCUCCCCCCUAGGAGCUGAGAGCAUGGCAGAGCCUUGCCCACCAGGGACAAUCUCAAUGACUAGUGCUAAGGGCACCAUGCCCCAGGGCUACAGGAGGAAAGGGGUCAGUCUGUGCUGGGGGCUGAUGACUGACGUGCUGGAGCAGUGUGUGGUAGCAGGAGUUGAGGGGACAGGGAAGUGCCCCACAUUCCUUGGCUGUGCACCCUAACUAUCCCUCUGUGCUGUCAUCAGAACUGGCUUGGGACCCUGCUGACGUCCCUUGGAACUGCAAGGGAGGGGAGGUGGGAGAGACGACAAUGGUUGCUUACGGUCCCUUUGUGCCACAGUGUGGGCCCUGGGACUUCUGCCUUGUUCCUGGUUUAUGGCCCUGGGUUAAACAGUUCAUUGUACAAUGUGUGGCUAUGGCAUUCCUCUCCCCCCCCCCCCCCCAGCACCUGUCAGCUCUUCCUGCUUUGAAAGUAACUAGCCUGACCCCACCCAGCAGGAGAAACUGAUGUGUUAGGGCUUGGCUGGGGGACUGUAAGUGAUGCUGCAACCCUUUGCCUUGAUUACCAGCUGGCCUCAGGGGAGGGGAAGGGCCCUCAUGUACAGGCUCUGCUGCCUUGUCCAAGGAAGCUUUUACAGCACCAUGGGGCUGUGAUGAGGGUUACUAGGUGCUAGAUGUAAUGCAAUUACUGAGCCACUUAGCAGCCAAACUGCCCCUCUGCCAGGGAAGGGCUCAGUGGGGGCCAGCUGAAGGAUGUACCUAGCUUGAGCAAAUAGGAGCAUUCAGACAAAUGCUCUGUGGGCACUGCGUUGCCAGGGGCUAGGUGGGUAAUGGCUGUUUACAGCUGACAGGCAUUAGCCCCCACAAGGCUCACCAAUUCCACAACAGCUCAUUCCCUGGGGUUGUGCCCCCUCCCAGUCAAGGGGGUAGGCAGCUGUCCCUCCCCCCACCUGUAGUCAGGGCUGUGGUUCAGUCUCUGCUAGGGGGCUACAGCAGGAGCCCAGAGGGAAAUGCUCAAUCAAAACUGCCUGACCCCUGCCCAGCAAAGACAGGGUAGCAUGUGCUUUCCCAGCAGUGAUUUAGACCUACACUGGUGCUGGGCUGGAGGAAAAGCUAUGGUACAGCAAAGCCAGGAUGGGGGGAGGACCUUGUAAAUGCUGUUGUGCUCCAGUAAUAAAGGUGUAGACAGCU